CACCGCCCUCUUGUGGCUGUAAGUGUGUAGUGUCUGAAAACAACAAUGGAGACUCAACACGACAGGAUGUGACUGUAGAAAAACUAGUUAAAAACGCGGGCUGUCUAUUUUACAAAUGUUUACCUCUACUGGCUCGGACUUCUGGAACCACAAGUGACUGCUUCUACGGCAGUAAGACUAAGACGCAGGCAGGGAAUACAAGGAACUGAAGAAAUUGAACAGAAGGACAUUUUGGGUGACAUACGCAGACAUGUUUGAAGCGAAAAUAAAAGACCGGAUGUUUUACCUCUACUUUCAAAAUAAAGGCGAUGUUGUCUGACUUCCUGUUGUAAAGGACACUCGUUUUGAGCGAAGGAGAUGCUCACCGCCCCCCUGGUAGGCAUUAAAAGGACCUAACUGUACUGAAUUAUGGACACGAAGGAUGCAGAAGCUGUUCCCUGUCCGUCUGGCAGUACAUGUGAGGCUUUUUUGAGUCUUCCCGCGAGCCGAGGAGUUGCCGGCCUUGGUUUCGGAAGUGUCCCCUCCCCCACUUCCUCUAGAAGACUGACGUCCCUCCGAACCCGGGACCUGACACUCGGGGGCACCCUAAAGAAAAAGAAGAAAACGUUUGAACCAAACAUCCAUGCUGUGAGGAAAAGCAAAGAUAAGUUAAAGGAAGAGAUUCAAGUUGCUCCAAAAAGAGAGCGCAGACAGAGGGAUGGGAGAAGAGAGAACAGAGGCAGAACAAAAGCAAAGCCUCAGACCAUCCAGUCUCACUCCAUCUUCGAACAGGGUCCUGCUGACACUUUGCGAAAAACAGGCUGGACUGCUGCUUCAGACGUGUGUGACGCCAACAUCGCUCCUACCUGUAAACCUGUGAAACAAGAAAGGAAAGAAUCGGAGGAUGAUGAAGACGAGUUGCUCAGAAAACUACAGAGGGAUGAUUUCAUAUGUGAUCCAAGUUUGAGGAACGACGCCAAGCUGAAACCCAUCCAGUUGCCUCUGUGUUGGACCAGCACGACAUCAGAUCAGGAGAAGCCUCCUCUUCUGAGACCGUUGUCCGCUGGACCUCAGGUUAAAACAGUCCCUAGCCGGACUGAACAGCCAUGUUUGGCGAAGAAGUUGGAGGAUCUGCGCCUGUCUGGCAGGGAGGAUCUCUUCUUCAUGCAGUUACCUGACUGUAUGCCUGCCAGAGCACAAAAAGCUGACGGCGCUCCUGAACCCAUGUUUGAGAAAGUUGGCAAAAAGUCAGAGGACAAGAAGCCUUUGCAUGGGAAAAAACAAGAGUCUUCUUCUGUGAAGCGCUCGCCGGUGCUGUCAGAAUUCUCCGAGGGAUACCUGGGUAAACUCCAAAUCAGAAAGUCAGGAAAGGUGGAGCUGAAGCUGGGCAAUAUUGUCAUGGACGUCACAGACGGAGCCUCGUUCUCAUUCCUUCAGCAACUGGUGUCUGUGAAUCUGUCGGACGGCAAGAACGGAGACAUGAUGGUGUUAGGAAACGUCCAACACAAGCUGGUCUUAUCGCCCGACUUUCAAACUCUUGUGGAACAGUCGGCAUCCCAACAAUCCUGAUCCAUGCUCACCUACGGCAGACAAAAAUGACACGUUGGAUAACAAGCACUCCGUUUUGGCAGCUUGGUGUGCUACCUGUGUAGCAGUGGCGUCCAAUCAGGUGUGGCAUGAUGAAAAAUAAAAAAAAAACGAAUAAUAACAUAAAAUAAAUUCUAAUGCGUCCAUUGAACUGUAUUAUAAAUGUUUUCUGUACGAUACAAAUCAUUUUUAACAUUUUCUCAAGUAAAAAUCGCUGAAUUUGCACAUUUCCACCAUUUUAUAUAAUGCAUAGAAUGUUGCAGAAACAUUUAUUGUAUACACCAUGACUUUCUACCGCCUAUGUAAUGUCUUUCAGGGAAGUGUGACAUGAUUUUUCUUGCUGAUCGGUCAAUAAGAUACGUACAUAGAAAAGUCAUACGCAGAGGCACUUGCAGUACUCGCUUCAUCCUGAAGCAGUGGGGGCGUGCGUGAGCUGGAAGGUGCUUGUCACUGCCGUCCUUCCAUAGAGAGGAAAAGUCAGCAAGAAGAAUUUGAAAAAAAAAAAAAAGUUUUUAAACCAAAGUGAAUUGUUUUCUUUUCUUAAUGAGCAACGGGUAUUCACACAUGUUCUUAAUUAACAUAAUAAAAAACUUUAAAGGAGUCAGUGCCUCACCAGCCCUGAACCUCACCGCACGUCACUGCUGUGUAGGGAGUGACACCCAACACACUGACCCCAGAAGAGGUGUAAUGAGCAAUUAUAGUCCUGAUGACUAUGCAUUUUAUUCAUUUUCGUAAAGGUUAAAAAUGAAAGCCUCCCAUAUGAAACCCGCUUUCCGCCACUGAACGCAAAAAAAUAGCCCAAUGGUAAGUCAUCAUUUUGAAAUGCAAACUGCGCACGUGCUGAGCGCCAUGUCAUAAUAAUAAUUUGGACUUUUUAUCUCACAGUUCUGACUUUCCUAUCUCAUAAUUGUGUCUUUUUAUCUCAUAAUUUCCUUUUAUUUCAUAAUUACGACUUUUUUUAAUGAUUUACCAUUGGGAUUUUUUUCUUUCAGUGGCAUAAACGGGCUUCCAUACACCCAAGACUGAGACUACACCAACUAAUGUGGCACUGUCAAUGCACUGAUUUUGGAUAGCAUUUUUUGGGGGGGGAUUUGUAAAUGCGGACAUUUAUGUUAAAAAAAAAAAAAAGGUCUCUUGUGGCGCAUCUUUUUUUGCUCACAAAUGCUCACAACUCCAUGUGUGUUUAUAGGGAGUACCAGCUUUAAAAAGAAUUGUUAAAGCUAUUUUAUGUACUAAAACUAUAAACAAUACAGUUUUUUGUUAGCUUUUAAACAGUUAAUGACAGAAGUGGGUUUGUACUCUUGACUGGCCAGCUUUUUAUCACUUUGAAAAUAUUAUCGAUUGGGACACAUCCCGAUGUUUUCUAUCUUUAAUUUGUUUUUCAUUAUCCUUGCUUGUCAAGUAUUGGGUGUAAAGUGUUUUGAUAUAGUUCUGUGCUGUGCUGUAUAAAUAAACAUUGUUCUGUAAGAACGGGUCUUGUCUUUACCUCCACACAGACAUGUGACCCAGGUUCUCCACCUUCCUGCAGGAUCACAUCCAGCAUGUCCGCCUUAGGUUACUAGAAAAUAGGGUAUUUAUUAAGGCAUCCUACAGGGUGUUCCUGGGCAAAUUUCUAGCAGACCUUGCAAACAUUAAGGCUGUGGUCGAUUGGCCAGCUCCUAGAAGACUCUCAAGAAGUUUCUAGGGUUCCAAAUUGCUGAA